GGCUUUUCCUGGUCCGGUGCUAGAGAGAGGCAGUGAAUCCUCCAGUUUAAAGAGACCGUGUAUUUUCGGUCACUGAGUGACGGCUCAGGGAUACCGGGCUCACCCGGAGACUGGAGGAUGGUGUGCGGCGGCUUUACCUGCUCAAAGAAUGCGCUCUGCGCGCUUAAUGUGGUGUACAUGCUGGUGGGCUUGCUUCUGAUUGGUGUGGCAGCGUGGGGAAAAGGCUUCGGUAUAGUCUCCAGUAUCCACAUUAUUGGUGGGGUGAUCGCGGUCGGAGUGUUCCUGGUCCUCAUUGCUGUCCUGGGAUUAUUUGGGGCAGCUACUCACCAUCAAGUGUUGCUCUUUAUUUAUAUGCUUGUUUUGAGUUUGGUCUUUAUAUUCCAGCUUGCUGUUUCAUGUUCAUGUUUGGCAGUGAAUACAUCACAGCAGGAAAAGUUUCUUAGUGGAACGUGGAUGCGAAUGAGUAAUCUUACUCGGGAGGAGUUGGAAUCAACGUUGGACUGCUGUGGGCUGCUGAAUAAUACUGCACAGGAUUUAGAGCAAUAUAACAUAGAUUAUGCCUCUUGCAAAGCAAAAUGCAAACAAUCCCCAAACGAGAAGUGUCAAACCUGUGGGCAGAAAAUGCUGAAACAUGCAGAUGAAGCCCUUAAAAUUCUUGGAGGAGUUGGACUCUUCUUCAGUUUCACAGAGAUUCUUGGAGUGGUGCUUGCAUUUCGCUAUAGGAAUCAAAAAGAUCCUCGUGCAAAUCCAAGUGCUUUUCUAUAGUGAUGCUGAGCCUCAUCUCAUAAAGACCCCUCAACCAUGUAUUUUCUGUUCUUGAACCUUACUGCUAACUUUGUGUCAUAUGGAUUCGAUUUUCCGUUUGGCAAAAUGAUAGGAUGUUGACAGAGGAAGAAGUCAAAGCCAAGCUAAAAUUAAAUUAAAAAGAUCAACCCUAAGGACUAUGAUAAAAAAUGCAAUUAUGCUACAACUUGAGAGGGGACAUUUCAUUUACUGCUCCUUUUUGUAACCCCUUUUAGAUUGGUUUUGUGUUUGGUUUUUUUCCUGCUGCAAUUUGAAGUUUUUUAAACCUGGUUUGGCAUGUAGUCUAGGUACUUAAAUGGCUUUUUAAAUAUUAAAUGGUCAUGUGCAAAACAGUGGACAGAAUGGUGAGAACAGUUGCUGUAUUCUUUGAAUGACAAAUUAUGUUUAUGUAUUUGUAUAUAGGAAUACACACUUCCUAAUAUUGA